AUGUUCAAAGCCCUGAUGGGCGGGGGCCGCUCGUCGUCCGCUUCUGACGUGCGCAGCAAGAGCAGCCGACGCAAGUCCGAAAAAUCCGACAAGUCCGACACAAAAUCGAUCUCAAGUCGCAAGUCUUCACGGGGUGACGACCGUGACCGCGGCCUGGGCGAUCUGUCGUCGUACUCACCAUCAGAAUCCCGCAGUAGGCGUGGCCCACCCAGCCUCGCCGGCGAAUCAAUCGCAUCGACAUAUGUGACUGCCGAGCCGGAAACCAUUGAUUACUCCAAUCGCUACAUUGAACGUACACCCAAGCGCAGAGACAGCGACCGGGAAAGCAAGAGUUCUCGCCGCCGCGAGCGUGACCGAUCUGAAAGUCCAGAACCCACGAGAAGAUCAAACCGGCGCGGAACACAAGAUACACAGGAUGAUGAGUUGGAUCGGGAGCGCGAGCGCCAUGACCGUCGUCGCACCCACUCCGGGGACCCGUAUGUGCCUCCAAUUACCACCAACUUGCCAUCCAGCGCCCCGGGCGCGCAGUUUGCCGCUGAGAUUGGCGCACCCGGAUUCUCGCAAUUCCCCAUGCAAUACGACAAUACCAUGCCAUUCGCAGCCGCUUCACCGGCGCAUGCAGUACCCUAUGAUCCGCAUGUGCCGCAGCAAUUCCCUGGCCAGUUCCCGGAGCAAACUGCCGCUCCGUAUCGGCCGCCUAAUCCUGCUGGCGCAGCGGCAGACUACUAUGGUGACCAGGGCCAGUCUGUUGAGCACCAGCCUGGUGUUCGCCCAAACCCCCCAGUGUGCUUCCCAAUACUCAAGCGCACUUGA